AUGCCCGGUAUUUUCGAGUGGGCUUUUGGGAAAAAAUUGACGCCGCAAGAGCGGUUGCGCAAGAAUCAGCGUGCUCUUGAGAAGACACAGCGUGAGCUCGCACGAGAAACCACAAAGUUACAAGCCCAAGAAAAAAAGUUGAUGCUGGAUAUCAAAAAGCUGGCGAAACUGGGCCAGAUUCAAAGCGCCAAAGUUCAAGCAAAAGACUUGAUACGGACCAAGAAUUACAUAGUCAAGUUCAACUCGAUGAAGGCACAACUCCAGGCGAUUCUGUUGAGAAUCCAGUCGGUGAGAAGCAACCAGCAGAUGGCAGCCUCGAUGCACGAUGCCACCCGACUUCUUUCGGGAAUGAACCGAUCGAUGAAUUUGCCACAACUCUCUCGUAUUGCGCAGGAGUUCUCCAAAGAAAACGAUCUCAUGGACCAGAAACAGGAGUUCAUGGACGAUGCCAUUGACGAUGCGAUGGCAGACGAUGAAGACGAAUUGGGCGAAGACGAACAAGUGGAUGAAAUCUUGGGUAAGGUUCUUGACGAGAUUGGAGUGGACCUCAAUACCACGUUGAAGGACACACCUAGCCAUAUAACUGCCGAACAAGAAGCAGAAAACAAGGUUGCUCAAGCGGUGGGAGCGUCUGACGAAGACGAUUUACAGGCACGACUCAAUAGCUUGAAGAAAUAG